AUGUCGUUGUUAUCUGUUCUGGCAGGAAUCUCGGCUUCCGUUGGAGCUUCUUCAUUGAAGUUUCUGUUCAAUGAAGACCUGAACCUUAUCGUAAGUUAACUUAUGUUAUUCAUUCGCAUUUUAGUUCAAUGUUGUUUUACUUUCAACGUUUGUUGUUUCAAAUGUUUUGGUGUGGUGGUUACAGCUGAAGAGUAUGUCCAGCAACAGUACGGUUAAUGUAAGUCUUUUUACGUUAUAGUUAAUUCGUCAAUUAAAAAGCUUAAUCCAAUGUCUAAAUUAUGUUUUCAUUGAUUUGAAGAGAAUAUAACCCUUGAUGUUAAUAUAUUUUGAGCAAUCUAACUUUUUAAACUAAAACAUUACGAUCUAGUCGAUCCUGGCCUUUGCUGGAAGCAACUUUAUCACGGCAGUAAGUUGA